AUGAACCCGGAAGUGAAGCCAACAGAAUGCCUCAGUUCUCAACAGUCGAAGCGAAAAGCUCGAAAGAAAGGAUUAGGGCCGGAGAAAUAUCAGUGCCAGGUGACAAGCACAGUUCUUUUUCUUUUGAGAAAACAGGUCAAUUUAGGCGAAAGCAAAAAGAAAAGCUCAUACACCCACCCAAAAUCAUCACCCAAAAUGCCUUUCACUUCGAUCACUCGCCAGGGGCAGUACGCGAAUCUCGUUAACCACCUGUCGAGACAUUCACGACUACAUGCUUCCAAAAAGCAGUAUUGUUGCCCGGUGUGUCGGGCGUCGUUUUCGCGGAGAUACUUGGCAUACUCUCAUGUGAGAGAAGCGCAUUCGAAGCAUGGAUUCCUUGAACCUUUAGAUCAUGGAAGGGAACUACGUGAAGAAUAUCGUGCGUUGCUGGAGGUAUGCUUCCCAGGUGCCAGUUCUCGACCAAGACCUGUAAAGCCACCACCAUCCUUAACUACCGAUGGCGGAAUUGAACCUAGUAGCAAGGACACCCAUAUCGUGCGUACAGGUUUGGAAGUUUUCUUUGGUCUCUUGUCCUACAUUGCAUGUGAAUCUGUUUUUUCGGUUGCUGUUCUCUUCUGA